AUGGCUGCUGGUCAAGAGAUGGAUGCUACUAAGGAGGUGCCCGUUGUUGGCACUGAGGGAGAUAAUGCUGCUGCUGCUGCUGACAUUGAUCUCAACCUUGAGGAUUUCGUGGUUGACAUGGAGAUCAAUGGAAGUGAAGCUGACCUUGAGGCUGAUGCUGAAAAUGAGGAAGAGGCUGGCUUUGAUGAGGGUGUUUCCAAUGAAACUGAGAACAUUGCUGUCAAGCUCCAGACUCAACUCACGGAGCAGAAUAUUCUCAUUGGAGAUCAGCUCAAGAAGCAGGAGAAAAGCAUCUCUGUGCUUCAGAUCCAGUACAGGGAGAUCCGGCGUGGAAACCUCUACCAGCCUGCUCCUGCAGCAGAGCGAGUCGCCAACGCCGCUAACAGCCGUGCUGCACCUGCUGAUGCACCUCCUGCUGUUCCUCCUCCUACUGGAACACGUGCUGAGCCUCCUACUGCAGCAGCAACUGCCUUUGGCUCCUGCCCUUCGGCCCUGCCUCGUUUUGUCCAUGGCAAGACCGACGUCGAGACUUGGCUCUCCAUUGCGGAGGACUUUAUGUCCAUCCACAAUGUGCGUAGCGAGGCUCGUGUGGUCGCUGCAACCCUUGCCCUGGACGACACUGCGAGCAAGUUGGUGUAUGCCAACAAGCGCCACGCAGAGGCUAAUGGCCAUCCUUUUGGCUGGGAGGAGUUCAAAGCUGCCAUGCUGGCGGCAUUCCUGAGUCAGCCCCCGGCGCUCGAGGUGCGUAGCCGCCUGGAGAACAUCCAGUGCGGUGAACAGCCUGUACGCGAGUACGCCAAGGAGUUUGAGAAAAGUCUGUUGCUGCUGAAGACUGCUCUUCCUGAGAGCGAGGUCAUCCACCAGUUCUUCAAGGGUCUCCCUGAGCACAUCAAGCGUGUGCAUGUUGUGCGCGGGGAGCAUCAGUGGAGGACCUACAAGGAGUGCAAGGAGCAGGUCAUUGACACGGAUGUGAAUUUCCGUGCGUACAUGACUCACGCUCGUGCUCAGCAGCAGCCUAGUGCCGAAGGCCCUAGGGGGGGUGGUAACAGGACUCAAGCACACAGGGGCAGUGGCUCUUGGAAGAGGCCCUAUCAGCAGAAGGGGGAAUCCUCUGGGACUCAGUCCAAGAGGGCCCAUGCUGGGCCUGCCAAGGAUCCUCAGGAUGAGGAUAAGCCCCCGGCAGGCUGCCGCAUCUGUGGCAAGCUCGGGCACAAGUCCUAUCACUGCCGUUGGAGGAAGUCCGUCAAGAACUCCGGCAAGCCCAACCAGGGCAAGAAGCCGGAUGGUUCUGGCCCUUCGGGCCCGAAGGAUUUUCCGAAGUCCAACUAG